AUGGAUAAAUCGGACGUGCAGCAUGUGGAAGGCAUCGAGCCGGAUAUCUGUCACCCGGAGGCGUCAUGGGCCAAAUAUAUACCAGGGGGAUACUCGCCAUCGCGAUGCAUCAAAGUGCGCGGUAGCUCAAUGAUCAAUUCCAUCUUGGUUCUGGCCGGCAUCUCAAUCAUGUUCUUCGGAUACGACUCCUCGUGCAUGAGCCAGGUCGAUACAAACGAUGAUUAUCUGCGUUUGAUGGGGACCGAUUCCGGGUCAGCUCGUGAUUCGGCGGCUGUGGGAGGAUUGGUGAGUUUGUGGUUUGGAGGAUUUGGUAUUGGCGCAUUGUUAGUCGGGGCUCUGGCUGACAGAGUCGGCCGUCUGAAGUCUCUUCAAAUCGGUGCCAUAUGGGCUAUCUUGGGCUGCGCGCUGAUGACGUCUGCACAAAAUUUCACUUGGAUGGCAUUCGCCCGUGUUAUUUCGGGCAUUGGAUGUGGACAUUUAAAUACUAUAGUCCCUAUCUGGACUUCAGAACUGGCUGAUUCCAAGGCUCGUGGCGCCUUUGUCGCGGUCGAGUUUACGCUGGCCCUUACUGGUGGCACGAUUGUCUACUGGACAGAAUAUGCGUGUAUAAAGACACAAAGUCUUCCAUUUGCCUGGCGUUUUCCACUCGGCUUUCAGGUAGUAUUCCUACUCUUCAUCCUUUUCGCAACCCCAUUCUACCCGGAGUCUCCGCGUCACUUGAUUCGAACGGGUCGAGUGGAAGAAGCUCGAGAAAUUCUGCUCCGUGCCCGUAUUGACCCUGUCGAGAGCGAAAUCGAACGCGAAAUCACCGAAAUUGUCGCUGCCAUCCGUCUCGAGGCCCGCAAGCCAAGUCCAUCAUUCUGGAAACUCAUGACCACCUCAGACGAACUACAUACUCGCCGUCGUAUCUUCCUAGGCGCUGGUGUGCAGAUAAUGCAAAAGUUCACAGGCAUCGACUUCAUUUCUACAUACGCGCCUGAAAUGUUUGCACUUGCUGGGUAUACUGGAAACAAGCCUGCGAUAUUGGCAGGCUGCAAUUUCUUCGGAUACACAGCCAGUCUUGCAGUUUCCAUCUAUCUUGCCGACAGAGUCGGCCGAAGACGUCUAAUGCUCAUCGGAUCGUCGUCGAUGUUUGUGGUUCUGAUUGUCGGCGGGGUUCUGUCUCAUGAAGUCAUUUCUCUUGCCGACUCUAAUCCUUCAGUAGCCUCUGGCUGCGGUGCCGGUGUAACUACGGUGUUGUAUCUCUAUACAUUUAUUUAUGGAAGUACAUGGCUAACCACGUGCUGGGUAUAUCCCACCGAGAUCUUCCCUUUGGCGACUCGUGCGAAAGGAACUGCGCUGGCAACAGUUGCUUUCUCGCUCGCCGGCGGCAUUAUAAACGAGAUUGUACCCUACUUAAUUGACGCCGUGUCGUUCUGGGUCUUUAUCCUUUUUGCAUUGCUGAAUCUAGUCAUGCUAGUUCCUAUCUAUCUUUUCUAUAUCGAAACCGCUGGUCGGCAUCUCGAAGACUUGGAUUAUCUCUUCGCUAACGAUAGCCCGUUUGUAUGGAACGCGGAGCGCGAUUUUGCCGCCAUCAAGAGUGCAGAAGCGGCUGCUGACAGCAAAGCUGCUGUUGUGAUUUCUGACGAGGCCGAAAAAUCGGGAUAG